AUGUGUACUAAAUUAUGCGAGAUAAGAUGUGAAAAAAUAAUUGUUAAUUCGAGUAACUUGACCUUAUUUGGAGGAAAUUCUAAAAAGUUAUUAUUGGCAACAUCAAAUGAUGGUACUUUUUAUUUAUUUGAUAAAUAUAAUUUUGAACAAGUAAGAAAUCGUACAUUCAUUGCUAAAGAUUUUAUUAAACCAUAUGCCAUUGCUGGAUAUUUAGAAGAAGGAAAUGAAAAUAUUUACAUUAUCGCAUCAAAGAAUGAAAAGAGUAAAACUAAAUUAUAUAAAUUUGAUAUCAAUUUUAAAUUAAUUGGAUCAGUAUUUAUUGAAAAUGAUUCAGUAGUUCCAAAUCAAUUAGAAUCAUUAACUUAUGAUAAUAUUGCAUCUUCCUCAAUCAUUACUUUUAUUGGGGCUAAAGGUAUUCAUAGAUUUAAAUCUGAUACACUUUUAUUACAAUCUGAUUAUUUCUUUAAUGAUGUAUUUACAAAAUUUAAAGUAUCAUCAAUGUCAUAUAUUAAUCAUAAUUUGUUAAAUGUUGCUGGUAAAAAUAAUAGUAAACCAAGUGUAUUGAGAUACAUUUUAAAUAAUUAUCCAUCAACUGAUCCAAGAGAUAAAUCUGUUAUUCCACUACCAUCUUUUGUCGAAUAUUCUCAAGAUGUUUCUUCAAUUCAAAAUUUAUUAAAUUUUAAAAAAUCAUUUUCAUACAUUACAUCACCAAAGAAAGGUCCAAAUUCAAUCAACUUAAUUAGUCAUGCUUUAGAAUCAAAAAUUCAAGAACUAUUUGAUUUUUCAAAACCAUUACUUUCAGUUUCUGAUACUUCAAAUUUUGCAAUUUAUAUAGUUGGUAAAAAGAUUGUACUUUAUCAAAUUGGUCAAAAUGAAAAUGGUUCAAUGUUAGAAUUUAUUGAUGAAAAGAAUUAUUCAAUUAGAAAUAAGGAUAAUAAGAAAAUGAAUUUUACAAUCACUGGAUUGGUUUAUUGUUCAUCAAAGAAUGAAUUUUUCAUGUCAACUAGUAAUGGUCGUAUUCAAAGUUUUUCAAUUAUUAAUCCACACUUUAAUGAAUAUGCUUAUAAGAGAUAUCCAACUGAUGAUCCAUCACAACAUUCUAAAAUUCAUCAUAAUCAUUCAGUACAUAGAAAUAGAUGGUGGGUAAUCCUUUUCUCAAUCAUUGGUGUUGUAACUGGUCUCAUUUUAUUCGCUGGUUUAAUUUCACUCUAUAUUGUCAUUAAGAAGAGACAUUUAUUAGAAAGAUUAUUGGAUAAUAUUAAUAGAUUUAAUCAACUUGAUGACAGUAAUAAUAAUAAUAAUAAUAAUAAUAAUAGUUUUAACAAUAACAACAAUAAUAACAAUAAUAGCUUUAAAAAAUUUGAAGAAAAUCUCAAUAAUAACAAUGGUGAAAAUAUCAAUAAUAGUGGUGAAAAUAAUGGUGGAUUAAAAUCAACUUCAAUCAAUAUUGAAAAUGCUUUUGAUAAUGAAAAAGAUCAAGAUAAUGAUAUUGAAAUUGAUACAAAUGAAAUUUAUACAAAUAAUAAUCAAUCGUUGAUUCAUAAUAAUAAUAAUAAUGAUAAUAAUAAUAAUGAUAAUAAUAUCAAUAAUGAUAGUAUUAAUAAUAAUAUUAAUAAUGAUAAUAAUAAUAAUAGUAAUAUCAACAACAAUGGCAACACUCACAAAAAUGGUGAAUCUUAUGAACUUUAA